AUGGCAGAUACAAGUAGAGUAAGUGAUGCUGGUUCAAGUGAAAGUUUACCUAUUACGGUAGAUAGUAACACCAACACCAUUGAUACCCAAGAUUCCAGAAAAAGGAAAGCCAUGCAACCUAGGUCUGACGUUUGGAACCAUUUUGAUAAAUUUGAGGUUAAUGGGGUUGGGAAAGCACGAUGUCGAUAUUGUAAACAAGCCUAUGCGGCUAAUUCAUCUAGGAAUGGAACAACAGGAUUGAAGAAUCAUUUGCUUAGAUGCAAAGAAUACCCACUUAACAUUGAUAAAGAUAAUAGUCAAACAAAGAUAAAUUUUCAAUCUUGCCAAAAUGACGAAGGAUCAAUUUGGAAAUUUGAACCAGAAGUUGUUAGGAGGGCCUUAAUUGAGAUGAUAGUUAUUGAUGAACUACCAUUUAGCUUUGUAGAAAAUGAAGGCUUUAUGAAGUUUAUGAGAAAAACUCAACCAUUAUUUCGUCUUCCUUCUCGUAGAACAAUAACAAGGGAUUGUUAUGAAGUUUACAGUGAAAUGAAGCAAAAUCUAAGAAAGUCUUUUAGAGAAGCACAACCAAAAAUUUGCCUCACAACAGACACAUGGACUUCACUACAAAGAAUAAAUUAUAUGUGUUUGACAGCCCACUUCAUUGAUAAGGAUUGGAAGUUGCAUAAAAGAAUACUAGAUUUUUGCCAUAUUACUAGUCAUAAGGGUGAAGAGAUGGCUAAAGUUAUUAGGGAUUGUUUGCUUGAAUGGAAAUUAGACAAGGUUUUCACUAUUACCGUGGACAAUGCUUCUUCAAAUGAUGUCACAGUUAAAGAAUUGUCUAAACAGUUAGAUAUGUGGAAAACUAAUAUGAUGAGUGGUAAGCAUCUUCAUGUGAGAUGCAUGGCUCAUAUACUAAAUCUAAUUGUGCAAGAUGGUUUAAAAGAACUUGAUGCUUCUGUGACACGUGUUAGAAAUGUUGUGAGGUAUGUGAGAUCUUCGCCUGCAAGGACCUUAAAGUUUAAACAGUGUUGUGCACAUGUAAAGGUAAAAUGUACCAAAACAUUGUGUUUGGAUGUUCCUACUAGGUGGAAUUCCACCUAUUUGAUGUUGGACACGGCACAAAAAUUUGAAAUGGCCUUUGACAAGUUUCAUCUUUUUGAUGAUGGAUUUUCUGCUUAUCAAUGUUCUCAUGUUUGUGAAGAUGGUAGUAGUGUAGGUCCUCUUGAUUCUGAUGAUUGGGUGAAUGUGAGGAAUGUGAUAGAGUUUCUUGCAAGAUUUCACGAGCUAACUAAAAAAGUUUCAGGUUCACGUUAUGUCACUUGUAAUUCUCAUUUUGAGGAUGUAUUUGAACUUUAUUGUCAUUUGAAAAUGUGUUUAGCUAGUGAGGAUGAGCAUUUGAGAAAAAUGGCUGAGCGAAUGCAAGAAAAGUUCAAGAAAUAUUGGGGUGAGCCUGAAAAGAUGAAUAAAAUGAUUUUUAUUGCUUCUGUGUUGGAUCCACAGUAUCUAAAAAAAUAUUCAACUGGAUCUUGUCCUCAAUCUCCAUCUAGAUCUACUUCAUCUAGCAACACAUCUAACACAUCUAGUGGGAGUGUUAUAAGUGCAUCAAAAAUAAGGACUAAGCUUAGCUUGAAGAAACAAAAGGAAGACAAUGGGGGUGGGGGUGCUAAAUCGGAGUUGGAUAAAUACAUUAGUGAAGAACAAGAACCUUUUAGUGAAGACUUUGAUAUCUUGAGUUGGUGGAAAACACAUGCUCCUAGAUUUCCUAUUCUUUCAGAGUUGGCUCGUGAUGUGUUGGCCAUUCCAAUUUCUAGUGUGGCGUCGGAAUGCAUAUUUAGCACCGGUGGCCGUAUUCUUGAUUCAUUUAGGAGUUCAUUGACUCCUAAAUGUGUGGAAGCUCUUACUUGUGUUCAAGAUUGGCUUAGAGAAGAGAACAAUCCUAUUAGUGUUGAAGAAGACUUGAAGUAUCUUGAGGAACUCGAGCUCGGUUCAAGCAUUGUGGUCAAGUCUAUAAUGUGUAGUUGCGUACAGAUGCAAUUUGGAGUUGGGCAGAAUUUGGCAAACUUUGGAGUUGUGUACAGUGCACUGGCGUUUUUGUUCACUGGGUCUAGGAAACUUAACAGCUCAUGCCCGGCCGCUGCAUCGAUGAGUUGGUUGAUGUGUGGCAAUGGGAAUGAAUCUUUUGGGCAUGCUUUGUUUAGGUCUGUGAAGUCCACGCACAUCCUUUAUUUCCUGUUUUUCUUUUUGACCAUCACCACAUUGGCUAUCCAUUUGGGGUACUUCGCCUCCCUGAUGGAGCCGUUUUCCAAUAACUUCUCUACUUCUUCAUGGAACGGCCUCAUUGAUGGCAAGGUUGGACUGUCGUCGGACUUGCCUUACCGGCGGUAG